AUGCCAUUUGUUGUUCAAGAUGUUCUUCAACAUAAACGUAAUGAACGUCAAAUACGUGAAAUGCAUGAACGAGAAUAUUCAAAAUAUAUAUCAAAUCUUCGUCAACAAUCAUUUAAUUCUAAUAUGUCUUAUUUAUCAAUUGAACAUAUUAGAGAAGUUGAACGUGCACGAUUAAGAUUUAUUUGUAAUAAAAAAAUUCAAUAUGAACGUAUUAAACGAGAAAAUGAUGUAUUAUCAGAACGUUUAUAUAAAGCAACUAAACGAACAAUGAUUGAUGAUAAAAAUUAUAAAUAUCAACAAAAUUUAGAUAUAUUUAAUUCAAAAUAUUCUCAACAACGUUUAAAUGAAUAUAAACGUAUUAAUAAUGAAAAUAAUCUUUUAAUAAAACGUUUUAAUAAUGUACAUGGACAAUUAAUAACCAAACAACAAUGUGAUCAAGAUUGGCAACGACAUAUUAAUGAAAUGAAAAAAUCUUCUGAUUAUCCAGAAAAUAUUGAUCGAUUUGUUUCAAAUAUUAAUAAAUCUCAACAUAAACGAAUAUGUCAAUGGAAUAAACAAUAUCAAUCAAAUGAAAAUUUAUUAAUUAAAUUAUCUGAAUAA